AUGGAAUAUGGUCAUAAUAACCGCACUUGCCAAUGGCUGGAUGUGAAUUGUGGCAUCUGGAAUAAUGGUAAGGAGGUGCCGAGCCUAGUGAGCACAUCUGACGAGACUUGCCAUAGCGCAUUGCGUCGAUCGGUAGCCAAUGCCUUCACGCCCACUGCCGUGCUGGACUAUGAGAGGUGGAUUGAUGCUACGAUCGAAGAAUUAAUAGAUGUCAUGAGUAAGAAGGAAACUUUUGAUCUCUCAUCGAUGAUCCUUUGGUACACUAUGGACGCGGCCGGGCGAUUUUCUUUUGGUGAGACGCUCGGAUGUCUUCGGGCCGAGGGUGAUGUGGAUGGUUCAAUACAGCUCGUCCGUGAUCGCUUCAACCAUUGGGGGUGGUGGUCUUCGAUCUCGAAGCUUGAGAGAUUGAUAUAUCGUAACCCCCUCGCCAUGCGCCAGAAACGAGCACCGUCUCGUAUGGCAGGGGUAGCUUUAUCCAAGAUCAAGGCAAGGAGCGGUCAAUUGAAAGACGAGGCUGGUGAUACGGAUCUUCUCCAAAGAUUUCUCGAGGCUAGCAAAGUUCACUCGCAGCUAGACGCCGCAGGAGUGAACCCGGAAUCGCUCGAGAAGCUCGAGGACGAAUUGGUACGCUCAGAUCUUCCGCAAAUACCUGGGGCCUCACAGAUCAAUAAGCUGCCGUACCUAGAUGCUGUCAUCAAAGAGGAUAUGCGGCUGUUUACCGUCAUUACGUGGCCGAUGGAGCGCUAUAUGUCAAAUCACAUUAUAAGGAAUGAUUGA